GCGCUUCUCACGCGCAAUGAUCUUCGCCAUCGAGGAGAUUAACAACAGCACCGAGCUGCUCCCGGGCGUCAAACUCGGCUAUCGGAUCCACGACUCGUGCGCCUCAGUGCCCGUGGCAGUGCACGUUGCAUUCCAGCUGACAAAUGGCCUGGACCCGGAGUUUUACCCCGGUGGAAACUGCUCGCAGUCAGGCAUGGUGGUGGCUAUCGUUGGAGAGUCAGGGUCCACACCUUCUAUUAGUAUGUCGCGCGUCAUCGGCUCCUAUAAUAUCCCUCAAGUAAAUGUUUCAACUUUGAUGUAUUUGAUGUGCGUCUUUGCUAUUUUUUACGCAUACUCUGUCUGAGAAUUUCACUGCUUUCCGCUAGGUGAGCCACUUUGCCACAUGCGCAUGCCUGUCUGAUAAGCAGCAGUACCCGACUUUCUUCAGAACUAUCCCAAGUGAUCAGUUUCAGGCUGACGCGCUGGCCAAGCUGGUCAAACACUUUGGCUGGACUUGGAUCGGUGCUGUCAGGUCGGAUUCAGACUAUGGCAACAACGGCAUGGAGUCUUUCUUGAACGCUGCGCGCAAAGAGGGGAUCUGUGUGGAGUACUCUGAAUCUUUCUACCGGACCCACCCAAAGAGUAGGAUCCAGAGGGUGGCUGAGGUCAUCCGCAGGUGUUCAUAUGAUACCACACAGUGCUUUUGCUCCACAUGAUAAGUCAGAUGAAGCAUGUUGAAAUCUGAAGUAGAAAUUAUCUGUCAAAUCCUGUCUCUCUCUCUCUCCCACAUUUUGUAUUAUAGGCCUGUUGCAGUAGGGGUCACUGAGACCACCAUCAUAAAUUUAACACACCCCCAUGCUGAAGGAUGUGCAUUUUUUUGUUUAAAUUAUCAUAAUAAAUGCUCAUGUCACAUCCAGAAGGGUGUAAAAUAAUCCCAUUUUCUGUUUCUCCAGGUCCACAGCUGUUGUUGUUGUAGCAUUUGUAGCCUCUGGAGACCUCAGGAUCCUGCUGGAGGAGCUGUCACUCAAGCCUUCCCCACCUCGCCAGUGGAUAGGCAGUGAGUCCUGGGUGACCGACCCCAACAUGCUGAGGUUCAGCUUCUGUGCCGGAGCUAUCGGAUUUGGUAUUCAGCAAUCUGUCAUCCCAGGUUUCAGAGAGUUCUUGAUGGAUUUGUCUCCGGCUGAGGUUGCCACCUCUCCGGUUCUUACUGAGUUUUGGGAAGAUGCAUUCAAAUGCAGGCUGGGGAAACGUGAGAAAGUUUUGAAAACAGUUAACCAAGUCAUGAGCGAAAAUAUUAAUCAAAUAUUAUUGUUAGACCCUAAAAUGAUUCCUUCUGUGUGUUUCAGAUGUGGCUGACGAUGAAAGUUUGUGUGACGGUACUGAAGACAUAAAGACACUCAGGAGUCCGUACACUGACACGUCUCAGCUCCGUAUCACAAACAUGGUGUACAAGGCUGUUUAUGCAAUAGCACAUGCUAUUCAUAAUACAGUGUGUCAGAGCAAUGAUACAACUCAGUGUGACAAAUUCACUGGGAUGGACUCCCAACAGGUGAAUGAAAAUGAGUCUCUGAGAAUCCUAAAGCUUUUUACUGUUACUGGAUGAUCUUAAUAAGUCACAUUAUUUCAAACCCCAUUUGUCUGUUUUAUCCUCACAGGUUCUUACUCAGCUGAAGAAAGUCAGCUUUUCCCAAAAUGAUUACCACGUGUCAUUCGACGCCAACGGGGAUCCUGUCGCCAUGUAUGAGCUGGUGAACUGGCAGAAGAGUGAAAGCGGCAGCAUUGAGUUAGUGACAGUGGGACGCUAUGAUGCAUCCCUGCCUGUUGGCAAGGAGUUUAACAUCAACAGGAACCUCACUUGGAUGGAGGGCGGCACACAAGUAAGUUGGAGUUUAGAGGCAGUGAACUGACAUCUUUGAUUUCAAGUCAGGUGGGAGCCACACGCUUUUCAGAUUGCGUUAUCUGUGUGUGUGAGUUGGGGUGUGGUCUUGGAUAUGGGGGGGGGCUGAUUGUUUUAACUUGGAAAGCUCUUUGUGCUCCAUUUCUUUUCGCCUGAAAGGUGCUAUAUAAAUCAAGUUUGAUAUGAUUUGAUGUAUGUUUUUUUGUCUCUAUUUCUUAUGAAUAUAUUAGCUGUGAAUAAAUCAGACACACAGAAAGCCUUUUCGUAGAGGUAUAGGACAGAAUCCAGCUAUUUUCCAUGCAAAUCUAUGUCCUAGUUUAAUGAUAUUUUGGCAAUCUGGAAUGGAUUAUUAUUAUUUCACAAGUAAUACAAACAGCAUACUGUUAUGAUAUUUGAAUACUACUAAUAAUGAUGCAUCAGAUUUUAUAGCGCUUUCUGUCAGUGACCUCAAAGUACUUUACACUGAAUACAUCAUUCACUCGCUCACACAGUCACACCUUGGUGGUGGUAAACUACCUUAGUAGUCACAGCUGCCGUGGGGCAGACUGACGGAAACGUGGCUGCCAGUUUCCACCUACAGCCUCUCUGACCACCACCACACAACACUCACAAUCACACACCAGUGGAGACACGCACUGGGAGCAAGGUGGGUUAAGUGUCUUGCCCAAGGACACAACAGACAGACUUGGGAUAGGGCAGGGUUUGAACCGCCAACCCUCCAGUUAUCGGUCGACCGCUCUACCUCCUGAGCUACUGCCGCCCAUACUAUUCAAUAGCACAUGUAAAAAAUUUGAUACAAACUUUUCAAUAUAAGUAUUUUGUAGCAAAACUGAAUAUGUGUGAGUAUGAAUCUGUUCUCCAGGUGCCUGUGUCAGUGUGCACCGACAGCUGUCCUCCAGGAACCCGUAAAGUGCUGCAGAAAGGAAAGCCAAUUUGCUGCUAUGAUUGUGUACCCUGUCCCGAUGGAGAGAUCAGCAACGCUACAGGUGAAAUGUUCUCUAGAGCACAUCCACAGAUAACAAUAAAUAACUUAUAGAGGUUAGCUCUGAUUUAUCCUUUCAGAUUCUUCUGAUUGUUUCCCUUGCCCUGAGGAGUUUUGGCCUAAUGCAGAGAGGGACACAUGUCUCCCCAAGCCUGUGGAGUUUCUGUCCUUCAGCGAGGUCCUGGGAAUCAUCCUGACUGCGUUCUCCGUUGGUGGUGCCUGUCUUGCUAUUAUGACAGCGGGUGUGUUCCUGCGUCACAGGGCAACUCCAAUUGUGAGAGCGAACAACUCUGAGCUGAGCUUCCUGCUACUCUUCUCCCUGACUCUGUGCUUCUUAUGUUCGUUAACUUUCAUCGGCGCGCCGUCUGAGUGGUCCUGCAUGCUGAGACACACAGCUUUUGGGAUCACUUUUGUCCUCUGUAUCUCUUGUGUACUUGGAAAAACCAUAGUUGUGUUGAUGGCCUUCAGAGCGACACUCCCAGGCAGUAAUGUGAUGAAGUGGUUUGGUCCUCCACAGCAAAGACUGACUGUAGUGUUUUUCACUUUUAUUCAAGUGUUGAUAUGUACCAUUUGGUUAAUUUUCAGCCCCCCUUAUCCACUGAAAAACCUAGUUAUAUACAAAGAGAGGAUCAUCCUGGAGUGCGCCCUAGGCUCAGCUGCUGGAUUUUGGGCUGUGCUUGGCUACAUUGGCCUACUUGCUGUUUUUUGCUUUGUUCUCGCUGUCCUCGCCCGUAAACUCCCUGAUAACUUUAAUGAAGCCAAGCUGAUAACCUUCAGCAUGCUAAUAUUCUGUGCCGUCUGGCUCACCUUUAUCCCCGCAUAUGUCAGCUCCCCUGGGAAGUUUACUGUAGCUGUUGAGAUAUUUGCCAUUCUUGCCUCUAGUUUUGGGCUCAUACUGUGUAUAUUUGCCCCGAAAUGUUUUAUCAUAUUGUUUAAGCCGGAGAAAAACACCAAAAAACAAAUGAUGAACAAAUAUUAA